AUGGCCUCAACCUCGGUCACAAGCGAGCUCCGCUCGCAGUGGACCAACCCAGGAGACGUGAUGUCCCUGCUGAUGCUGGUGGGUGGUGAUAUCGUGCAAAAGGCUUUAGCGCAGCUUGUCGGCGUGCGCCUUCCACGUUUGCUCGGAGGCAUUUAUACUACCCCAGUCGCAUUCUCCUUUGGCUGGGUCGCCUACGCCUUUUCUUCGCUAUCUACUAUCUUCAGCGAUCGCCGGCUCAUGCCUGGUCCCGACACAGACAUACAAGUCAUCAACCUCAGCAAUGGCUAUGUUCGAGAGAAUAACUCCUGGGUUCUGGGACGCCUACUACGCGACUACGAAGGUAGGGUCGCAAAAGCAGACCGCUCGUCUAAUCCCCCGAUGGCGCCAUCUGACUCCACUGGCAAGGUAUCGUUAAAGAUUGAUAUCUUUGUUGCUGGGGCUGCCAACGAUAACGGCCCUGAAAUCGGCAAGUGGUGGUUUGUAUACUGGCUAGUAAUUCUUGUUCAGCAAGUCAUCGCAGCUAUACCUUGGAUUCUGCAUGGCGAUUGGGGUAUUUUCCUCGUGACGGCAUCCGGCACGCUUUUUGCGCUCAUCACCGGAUCGCUGCCGCAAUGGGCUGCAGAGAAGUGGCCGGCCCCUAAGCUGUGGAAGGAGAAAACUGUUGCUCUCACACGGGGCAAUGGUCACCAAUACGUGAUGGUGAUCAAGGGGCACGAAGGCGCUUGGGACCCUGAAGCAAUGGCGUCUGCUCGUCUAAAUAGGCGGCCUGAGACACCUUGGGUGCUAUUGACGCUGGCCGUAUUGUGGUCCCUCUUGCUCAUCACGGUGUCGGGUUUAGGAAGCCAUACGUGGUAUCUUGUCGGCGUAGGUGGAAUAGGCAUGCUGCAGAAUGUCUGGGUCUCGGCAGUGCAAAUCAGUCCUGAAGCUGCCAACCUGGCCCUGGCUGCAUACGAGCCACGGUCAACAAUCACCGGUGAGAAGGUCAUGGAAGACGGCGUCCGAGAUGUGAUGGACGCACUCAUGGAAUUGGAGAGAUGGAUUUCGAAGGCCGGUGUUGCUUUGCUCCCGGUGUUCUUUCCAGGCAGCGUGGAUUAUGAGGAGGGACUCCUCAACUCGAAUCGUGAAAAGAAGUUCUGGAAACGGGCAACUGCCCAGUCGAUGGAUAGAAGACAGGCGUUUGUGUUAGAUUGUGAUCGGUCAUCUUUAUCUGAGAAUGAUGCCCAGUGCAUCAAUUUACCACAGUGGGACCAACAAUCUUCUAGGAUCCUCCACGUGUUCUUAACUGACGAGGGGAAUCAACAUUUGCCAUUGGCUACUAGUUGA